CUAAGCAUGCUCCAGGCAUCUCUUUUGCGUCUAGUCUCGGGAACCGAUAGUAGCAUGUUAGCCGCCAUGCUGCAUCACCUUCCAUGUUUUGACUAGGCAGUCAAUAAAAUUGGAUUGAGUAUUUUUAUUUGCACCACAACAUCAUUGGAUUGAAAUUAUACGUAUAGUGGCAUCAUGUGGUAUCGUCUUCGUCUGGUUAAGUGGAAGCUUCCUGUCUUACAUCUGAAGAUGAAUGUCGAUGCUUCCUUCAGUUCGAAUGAUGCAGCAGGUGGAGCAGUGGUGCGAGAUCGGGCUGGCCAGUUCGUAUUUGCUCUUCAUUUUCCUAUAUCGGCCAGAUCUGCUUUGGAUGCUGAGAUUGUCGCAUUGUAUUUAUCAGUGAGCUGGGUGAUUUGGCAUGGUUAUCGGAAUUUUGAAGUGGAAUCAGACUCCAUGGAAGCUAUAGAAGCGAUCGUUUUUGGAAAAAGUUUUGGAGGAAGAAGAGGAAUGUUGGAAGAAAUGAGGAAAUGGAGCGUUACUGGUGUUGUUCGGUUCGGACAUGUAUUGAGGGAAGGAAAUUGGCCCGCUCAUUUCUUAUCUAGAUGCAACUCAGAUAAAUUUAAUGUUAUUAAUAAUUAUGUUGACAUUCCUUGCCAUAUUAAGAAAGCUCUACUUACACAUAAACUUGGUCUUAGUUAUUUUAGAAUUUUUUAAUUUCUGUUGUAUUUUUCAUUGGGUCAGGUCUAGCCCCCCCAAUGAAUUUAUUCUUAUCUGGUUUCAUUUUUAUUAUUCCAUGUAUUUCGAAGAGGUAUGCCUCUUCCGGAGAGGUUUUGGUUUGGUCCCCCUCUCUAUUUGUAUUUCUGUUUCAUUAUUAAUAAAAUCCGGCAAAUGUUCCCCGGCAUUUGCCCCACCGACAUAGGUGGUUUGCCUUCCG